CACCAACGAAACUAACCUCACUUUUUAUCUCAAAUUGUUUUCUAUAGUUUUAUAAAUAAAACCCCACGUAUUAUGGAUACAACGCCAAAAACAAAACUCAAACUUUCUUCCAAAGACUCAAAAGCAAAAAGGGAUAUAAAAAAAGAGACUAAUAAUUCAAUGGCCCCCCAGUCGCCUUUGAGGAAAAAUGUCCAGCCUGAGGGGGAGGGUGAAUACAGCCCUAUUUAUUUUCCUUCAACUCAAGAAUCUAAUGAAGAUAUUGAUGUUUUGUGGGAUUGGCAUUCUCCCCAAACCAGCCAGAGGAAAAGGAAGACCCAGAAGCGUGUAAUACCGGUUCAUUCUCCAAAAAUUCCUCUAAAACGGUUUCCAUCUAGUAAUCAAAGCCAGAAUUUUGAAAAAUUGAAAAAUGAAUUGAAAGCGCUUCAAGAGGAAUUAGCAAUGCCAGAUGAUGAAAGCUGGCUCUGUGUUUCCCCACAACAAGAAACUGAAUUCAAAAGCAGUGUAAACAGUAACAAAUUCUUGAGCCAAGAUCCUCAGUUUGGAGAUGUGGACGAUUUAUUUAAUGAUUCGCUAGAUGAACAGCUCAUUUUACAAGUAGAGAGUGAAUUAUUGCAGAAAGAAAAUAAAGCAGGUCCAUCUAACAAAACAUGUGAUAGUAGUGAAACACAGAACUUAAAUAACAAAUACACAACCAAAGAAAAUUUGUCGGAUAGUUUUUUUGAGGAUAUCAUGGAUGAUUUUUCAUUUGAGGAUUUGCAGAAAAGUAGUUUACCAAAUGAAUCAAAAGUUCCAUUCCAAAGGACACGUUCAGAAAACAUUUUCAAUAAAACAACACAGAAUGUUAUACAAACAGCGUCAGGCAGACUAGAAUUUCAUAGGACAAGAAGUUUUGAAAUGACGAGACAAAAUAAGUGCACAGAAGAAGAAAUUGAAAGGAAACGACUUGAAGCUUUAGCAAAACUUGAAUCUAAAAAGAAACAAGAAAAUUCAGCUUCAAUCAAAUGUUCCCGAGAAGAAAUUGAAAGGAAGAGAUUAGAAGCAAUGGCGAAGUUGCAAGCAAAGAAAAUGCAAGAUGUUAUAGAGAAGAAAAGACAAGAAGCCUUAAAAAAGUUGCAAAUGAGAAAACAGAACGCGUGUCAAGUUAGAAGCACAUUGGCUACAAGACUUUAAAUAAUUUUUAAGUUGAUUGAUAAAAUUUAUUGAAAAUAGUUGUAUUAUAAAAUAAAAAUUAAGGUAAAAUUU